GUACGAUCUCUUACUUUUUCAGGUAUCAAUGCAGCUGCAGCUCUACACUACUUAAAAUUAAUAGCUAAUCAAAGUAAUAGCAAUUAUAAUUAGUUUCGGUAACAAUUGCUGUCGAUUAUUCAUUCAUUAUAGUAACUAUGAUCUACACUGAGACGGAAUGUCGAACGAUUAACGCAAAAAGAUCGGCGCUAAUCUGACACUAGGCCGUGCUGAUCCUGCUGCAUAAUCAUUGUCACAAUGGCUAGCGAUUUUAGAUGGUUAGUGAAGGAGCGUGAUUGGAAUUUGGAAGUUUCUACAUCCAAACCAGUGCCUGUCAAAAAUCAUCCAUUGAGCUCCCAGCACUCAAUUGCUGUGCCAAACAAGUUCCUAGGCUUGCCUGCUCUGCCUACUGAGUGCCCAUUGGACCCGCUUUCUUUGGCCGAUGGUAAUUCCUUUAUUGAUUCAAAAACAAAAACACCCACAAUUCUCCAUGAAGCUCAACCAAGAAGUACCUCUGACUUGUUUAAUUUCAAUGAAGAGCUGAAACAGCUUUGGACUGACUUGAUUAACGAGUUGAACUCGUCAUGCAGUACAAAUGCUAAUGUUUUGGUGUCAGCUUAUCUUCCUCCACCUGAACAUUUGUGCAAUGAUGGAUCAAGUGACCAAGGGUCAGCAACUCCAGCUCCUGCUGCUGUUGUAGGACCCAAUGUCAAGACAAGUUUAACAGGAAGACAAUGCAUCGCAUGGCGCUUGAAGCAGCUGGAGCUACACGAAGGUGGCAAGAGUGCCAUAUCUGCUGCAGCAUCUGCGGCCAGUGUUGGGUUCACCAAUCAUCAGUUCUCAGAGUGGCUGGCUGCUGCUAAAACUCACCUCCAAGCUCUCUGGACUGCUGACAAACGUUCCUUAGCUCUCAAGCUUACCAUUCAGUGUGUGCGAUUUCUGUCCAUGUUGGGCCCUCCUGAGUUCUACGGGACAAAGUUUGUGCUCAUCACUGACCUUCUUGAUACUUUGGCUGACUUAGUCCAAGGCCGAGUGUCAGGCAACAAGCUGGCGCUUGAGACUGGCCGCAACUGGCUGAGUAAGAUUGCCUCCAUCAGAGAGCUGCUGCCUCGGCUCUACCUUCAGGCAGCUUUACUGCCUGUGUCGGCCCUUUUGUCUCAGAGCGAGUAUGAAAGCACCCUAGGCUGCAUAUUUGGAGGGGCUCGCGGUGUGAGCGAUGGAGUCGUGAAUGCUUUCCUCAGGAUUUAUUCCCUUCGUAAAGCUGCUGCUACCCGUGGUGUCAGACCACAGACAAAUGGUGUGCCCUACUCUGAUGCCCAAAUUAAGAUAUCAAUACAAGAAGCUGUGGCUGCUCUGCAGUGGAGCUGGAGCAAUGAUGACACCUGCUCGGAUGGCGAUUGGCAACAUCGAUCCAGGCUGAUCCAACCUCUGCUCCUUUAUGCCAUGAAGCUCUUCGCACUCACGCCUGCUGCCCUGGACGAGACCGUGUGCAAGGACUUCUUGCGACCCCCAGGCAUGGGCAGCGACAAGGGGCCAAGCAAGAUUGAGUGCAGCAGCAGUGCAUCCACUCUGCAGUUCUCUGUGCUGUGCAGUGCACUGCAAGCUUUGCCGCCACAAGCUUUUGCUGUGCCUCUUGCCCACAGCAUCGCUCAACUCACGGCCCUACGUCAGACUCAGGGUGCGUGGAGCAACAGUUGGUGCAGCUGCGUGCUGACUCACCUCGCCGACCGUCUGCUCCUGCUGGGACCAGUCAGUGGCGUCGCCCUAGUACCGUUGCUGGCCGCCGUACUGCCACUACUUCAGCCCAUGGAAAUCGAGUGCUACCUCACUGCUGCUACCCCGUGGCUUGCGUUUGCUGCCAUACAUUGCUCUGUUGCAGACAUGGAGUCGCUGUUGCGUCACAUGGUUCGUCGUGUCACGACAGCAGACAGUGUGCCUGCUGCCCUGCUGGUCGCGAUGCUCAGAGGCGUGCUAGAGCGUGCCACGUCUGCAGUCUGCUACACGGAGAGCAUGCUGGCGCUGCUGGCAGUAGCGCAGUCGUGCUGCAGUGAUGCAGCCCUGCUGUCACAGCUGCUUGGUUCAGUGCUGCUGCACAAUGCAGCGCCGCUCACAAGCGCUCCACUCGUCCAGCAACUUCUCGCUCUCGCCGAAGCUGUGCACAACAGCCACUCUUUGCUAACCACAGAAGACGAACGUCGUCUGCUGAGUCAGCUCGUCUCGACGGUGAUUCAGCGCGUGACGUUCCACGAUCCUGAGGAGCAGUUGGGUGUGCUGGUGGCCGUGCGCGCUGCCUUCCCUCAGUUACACUCCGUGCUGGUCGCACUCGUCCACGCUGCAUGCAGUCUUCUUGUCAGAACUGCUCGGCUCAGCCGCAACGGUCGGGUGAACGUGAGCUUGGCUCGAUCGUGCGUGGCGUUUAGCUUCAUCAGCAUAGCGUCGCUGGAGUGUCCGGCGCAGAGACUGCGACUGUACCUGCUAACCGCCUCUGUGGCCCGUCAGCACGCUGCUCAUGGCCAAGCUGACAGUUGUUUGAAGGCCAGCAUCCGGGACCUGAAUGUGUGCCUUAAUUCGCCGUCCCCACCCUGCCCCACGGGGGACUGCUGGGCUCACUGCUCCCCAACAUCGUGGGUGGGGGCGAUCGCGGGGGCUCUUGUGGGAACCCCCAAUCCCCCCACAUCCUCCAGUGGGGUCUACCUCAUCAGGGGGCUCGUGCAGGCUGUCAUGUCGGGGUCUAGGCCUGCUGAUGCCACCAGCAUCAUGGUUUGGUGUCAGGCUCUGAACUGUGCGUGUGGUGCUUGUCAGAGCAGUCCUGUGUACGCGCCUGCCACUGUAGAGCCGCUGCUGCUCUGUGGUGCUUCUCCCGAGCAGCGUGCAGAAGCAGAGCAGCUGUGUGAGCAGUUACUGCAGCACGUCUGCCACGCAUGCUCGUCUGUCAGGAACGGUGCUGAGUAUAGCGGUGCGGCAAGCCAGGCGCUACUUACCGUCAGUUGCUGGCUGGCCUCCAAAGCUCACUCGCCCUCAUUCACCUCUGCCCUAGCGCCACUCUGGAGUCUCCUGCAGCGAAACCCUCAGCAGGCUCAUGUGCUACGGUGGCUGCAGCAGCGUUUCUCGUCACCCGUGUUGCGAUAACGACAAUCAUCUACCUAACGAGCAAGCGAACAAUGACUGGAUAAAUAUAACUCUUCAUUGAGGGCUUGAACUGUGAGGCCUCCGCUCACCGUUAUUCCUAUUACCGCGAUAUAGGCUGUGACAUGUGCCAAAGAUUCUUGUUACUGGUAUUCUCUAGUGUGCCAACAUGAUUAUUACUGUUUUUAUCAAGUGUGUGGACCGCGAUAUUUUCAAUUUUAUCCA